AUGGAAAACAAAAAAAUUCUAUAUUUAAUUCUAUUACUUGCAGUCAUUCUAAAUAAUGAGAAUUUUUGUGAUGCCACUACACUGAUUCAAGUGGAAGGCUAUACUUAUUGUACUAGUUGUGGUUUAGUUUCUCAGAAUGGGAUCUUGGGUGCCAAGGUAAAUCUAGUUUGUCCAGGAGACAGUGGUUUAUCAUUUACAAAUCUUAGAGGGUAUUUUGAUAUCCUUAAAUUAAUCAAGACUGGAACAAAUAUUGGGAGUUGCAAAGUGAGUGUGGAUGGGAGUAGAGCACCCCUACUCCCCUGGGGCUGUACAUUUUUAACAAACAUAAAUGGGGGUUCAAUUGGUCAAUCUUUAAGCACAUGUAUCAACAAUGGAAACAACAAAUUCACUUGUGGGCCUUAUUAUUUUACUCCAAAUGCUUGUCUGCCUCCACCACCACUACUACCACCCCUUAGAACACCACCACCACCACCACAAAGAACACCUCCUCCAACACCAACACCACUAUCACCUCCAAUUUCACCAGCACUACCACCUAGAACACCACCACCAUCACCACCACCACCACCUUUAUCACCUCCAAUUUCACCAGCACUGCCACCUACACCACCACCACCACCACCUUUAUCACCUCCAAUUUCACCAGCACUGCCACCUAGAACACCACCACCACCAAAAACACCUCCUCCACCAAUUACACCAGCACCAUUAUCACCUCCAAUUUCACCAGCACUACCACCUAGAACACCACCACCACCACCGCCACCUUUAUCACCUCCAAUUUCACCAGCACUGCCACCUAGAACACCACCACCACCACCACCUUUAUCACCUCCAAUUUCACCAGCACUACCACCUAGAACACCACCACCACCAUCACCACCACCUUUAUCACCUCCAAUUUCACCAGCACUGCCACCUAGAACACCACCACCACCACCUUUAUCACCUCCAAUUUCACCAGCACUGCCACCUAAAACACCACCACCACCAAAAACACCUCCUCCACCAAUUACACCAGCACCAUUAUCACCUCCAAUUUCACCAGCACUACCACCUAGAACACCACCACCACCACCACCUUUAUCACCUCUUAUUUCACCACUGUUUUCCAGGAAAAUGGCUUGCCCCAGCGUUGUUUCCUGGACUGCCCUCGUGCUCGGCCAUGUGGACAAUGUCGAAGAAGAGCUGGCCUUGAAAAUUUUUUUCCAGGAGGCAAGCCUCAAGCGUCACUGCAGAUGCUCUGAGCUUUGCGCAAGUCAAGACCAGAUCUCUCGGCCUGGCAGUGGAUUUCUGCGACUUUGUCGAGCAGGAACUUGCUACUACCAGCAGAGUGUUUCCUCGUCAAUCCCAGGCAGGCCACUGGCGUAUUUCCACGUUGGGAGCUCGUUGAUCAAUCUGUAUGCCAAACUUGGAAGCCUUAUAAAUGCUCAGAGGCUCUUCGAGAGGACCAAGACGCAGAGAGAUCCAGCGAUCUGGACGGCCAUGGUCCUCAGCUACGUUGAAAGCAGAGAGCCCGAGCUCGCUGUGAAACUGUUCGAAUGA